AUGUACUCGGAGUGGAGAUCCUUACAUCUUGUCAUUCAGAAUGAUCAGGGUAAUACCAGUGUACUUCACAGCUAUCCUGAAAACGUGGGGAGAGAAGUGGCAAAUGCGGUGGUGCGUCCUCUUGGACAAGCUUUAAUUACAUCGUCCGUUGGAAGUGAGAGUUUACUAAAAACAGACAAAGAAGUAAAAUGGACUAUGGAGGUGGUUUGUUAUGGACUGACCCUCCCUCUGGAUGGCGAUACUGUGAAGUACUGUGUCGAUGUGUAUACGGAUUGGAUUAUGGCUCUUGUGUUACCUAAGGACUCCAUUCCUUUACCAGUUAUUAAGGAACCAAACCUUUACGUUCAAAGCAUUCUCAAACAUCUCCAAAAUCUGUUUGUACCGAGGCCAGACCCAGGAUCUAGUCAGAUUAGAUUGUGCUUGCAGGUUUUGAAAGCUGUCCAGAAACUGGCUCGUGAAUCGACAAUUAUGGCAAGAGAAACCUGGGAGGUUUUGUUAUUGUUUCUUCUUCAGAUCAAUGACACUCUUCUAGCAGCUCCAACUGUGCAAGGUGGCAUUGCUGAGAAUCUGGCUGAAAAAUUAAUUGGCGUGCUGUUUGAGGUGUGGUUACUGGCUUGUACGCGGUGCUUCCCAACACCACCUUACUGGAAAACUGCCAAAGAGAUGGUGGCCAACUGGCGACAUCACCCUGCCGUAGUGGAGCAGUGGAGCAAGGUCAUCUGUGCCCUUACCUCCAGACUGCUGCGUUUUACAUAUGGACCUUCAUUUCCUCCAUUUAAAAUUCCCGAUGAAGAUGCUGGUCUGAUUCCUCCCGAAAUGGAUAAUGAAUGCGUUGCACAAACUUGGUUUCGCUUUUUACAUAUGCUGAGUAAUCCUGUGGAUUUGAGUAACCCAGCCAUUAUUAGCUCUACCCCCAAAUUUCAGGAGCAGUUUCUGAAUGUGAGUGGGAUGACUCAAGAACUGAAUCAGUACCCCUGCCUUAAACAUCUGCCUCAGAUAUUCUUUCGUGCCAUGCGUGGGAUCAGCUGUUUAGUGGAUGCGUUCCUAGGCAUUUCCCGACCCCGGUCAGACAGCGCACCGCCCACGCCCGUGAACAGGCUGAGCAUGCCCCAGAACACCGCGAUCAACACCACGCCGCCCCAUAACCGGAGGCAUCGGGCAGUGACUGUGAAUAAAGCAACGAUGAAAACCAGCACUGUAACUACUGCACAUACUUCAAAAGUGCAGCACCAACCCUCCUCUACUUCUCCACUCUCUAGCCCAAACCAGACAAGUUCUGAGCCACGGCCACUACCAGCUCCUCGCAGGCCAAAGGUUAACAGCAUCUUGAACCUCUUUGGAUCAUGGUUAUUUGAUGCAGCAUUUGUUCACUGUAAACUUCAUAAUGGAAUAAACAGAGACAGCAGCAUGACUGCUAUAGCAACUCAAGCUAGUGUGGAGUUUCGCCGGAAAGGAUCACAAAUGUCCACAGACACAGUGGCUUCCAACCCCAUGUUUGAUGCCAGUGAAUUCCCAGACAACUACGAAGCGGGAAGGGCAGAGGCGUGCGGGACACUGUGUAGGAUAUUUUGUAGCAAGAAGACUGGGGAGGAGAUAUUACCAGCUUACCUAUCCCGAUUUUACAUGCUUUUAAUUCAGGGUUUGCAGAUAGCAGAUUUCAUUUGCCACCCGGUUCUUGCCAGUGUUAUUUUAAACUCCCCUCCUUUGUUCUGCUGUGACCUGAAAGGAAUUGAUGUCGUGGUUCCAUAUUUCAUUUCAGCUCUUGAAACUAUUUUACCUGACAGAGAACUCUCAAAGUUUAAAAUCUAUGUAAACCCCACAGAGCUAAGAAGAGCUUCAAUUAACAUCUUGCUGUCUCUGUUGCCUCUCCCUCAUCACUUUGGAACCAUAAAGUCUGAGGUUGUCCUGGAAGGGAAAUUCAGCAACGAUGACAGCUCCACAUAUGAUAAGCCAGUAACCUUCCUUUCCUUGAAGCUGAGGCUUGUGAAUAUACUUAUAGGAGCUUUGCAGACGGAAACAGAUCCCAACAACACUCAAAUGAUACUAGGUGCAAUGUUAAAUAUUGUUCAAGAUUCGGCACUGUUAGAAGCCAUUGGCUGUCAGAUGGAAACGAAUGGUGGUGAAAAUAACCUCUUCAAGAGCCACAGUCGUACUAACAGUGGCAUCAGCACUGCAAGCGGAGGCAGCACGGAGCCCACGACACCAGACAGUGAACGGCCAGCACAAGCCCUGCUGAGGGAUUAUGAUACAGCUGCUGGACUGCUGAUACGCAGUAUUCACCUGGUAACCCAAAGGCUCAACUCGCAGUGGAGGCAGGACAUGAGUAUCUCCCUGGCUGCACUGGAGCUGCUGUCUGGACUAGCAAAGGUGAGAGGCAAAGUUUUGUGUGCCCUGGCCUCUUCUCGAAGGGUGAUUAUGGUCCUGUUCAGCUGCGCCCUCCACUCCAUGAUAGUGGCAGCUUUCCAGUGCCUCUGCGUCUGGCUCACCGAGCACCCGAACAUGCUGGAGGAGAAGGAUUGUUUGAAAGAGGUACUGGAGAUUGUGGAGCUGGGCAUUUCGGGAAGUAAAUCCAAAAACAGUGAACAAGAGGUCAAGUACAAAGGAGAUAAGGAGCCAAACCCCGCAUCCAUGAGAGUGAAGGAUGCUGCUGAAGCUACACUAACGUGUAUUAUGCAGUUACUUGGAGCAUUUCCUUCUCCCAGUGGCCCUGCGUCUCCUUGCAGCUUGGUGAAUGAAACCACAUUAAUUAAAUAUUCUCGUCUACCUACCAUAAACAAGCACAGCUUCCGUUACUUCGUUCUGGAUAAUAGUGUCCUCCUGGCGAUGUUGGAGCAGCCUCUAGGGAACGAACAGAGUAAAAUCUUCCCCUGUCUUAGUGUGGCCAUGUUUUUUUCUGCAAGAUUUGCAUGGGCCCAGCAACUCUGUCUUUUACCAAGAGGAGCUAAAGCAAAUCAAAAGACUUUUGUACCAGAACCUCGACCAGCUCCUAAAAAUGAUGUUGGAUUAAAAUACAGUGUGAAGCACCGCCCUUUUCCUGAAGAAGUGGAUAAGAUCCCGUUUGUGAAAGCUGACUUGAGCAUUCCUGAUUUACAUGAAAUUGUGAAUGAGGAACUUGAAGAACGACACGAGAAGCUGAGGAAUGGCAUGGCUCAGCAGAUUAUUUUUGAGACUUCCAUAGAUCAGAAAAGUGAAGAGGAGUGGCGGAAGAAGAGCUUUCCCGAUCCGAUCACAGAGUGUAAGCCCCCACCACCGGCCCAGGAGUUCCAGACAGCACGCCUGUUCCUCUCGCACUUUGGGUUUCUCUCACUAGAGGCAUUGAAGGAGCCUGCUAACAGUCGUCUACCUCCUCACCUGAUUGCACUUGACUCUGCUCUUCCUGGGUUUUUUGAUGACCUUGGCUACUUGGAUUUAUUACCAUGUCGUCCUUUUGAUACUGUUUUCAUUUUCUACAUGAAGGCAGGCCAGAAAACAAGCCAGGAGAUCCUGAAGAACAUGGAGUCUUCCAGAAUUGUGCAGCCACACUUUCUGGAGUUCUUGCUGUCUCUUGGCUGGUCCGUUGACGUGGGGAAGCACCCUGGGUGGACUGGCCAUGUCUCAACAAGCUGGUCCAUCAAUAGCUGCAGUGAUGAAGAGGGACCUGAACAAGAUGAUCUAGUUAUUUCAGAAGAUGUUGGGGCCAGUAUCUUCAAUGGGCAGAAGAAGGUGCUGUAUUACGCGGAUGCCCUGACAGAAAUAGCUUUUGUUGUCCCGUCGCCAGUGGAGUCCCUAACUGAUUCACUGGAAAGCAACGUCUCUGACCAAGAAAGCGACUCCAACAUGGAUCUGCUGCCAGGAAUAUUGAAGCAGCAGCCUCUGACACUUGAACUCUUCCCCAAUCAUACAGACAAUCUUAAUCCCUCCCAGCGGCUCAGUCCUACUUCCAGAUCCAAGAGGUUGCCUCAGGGCCGGACCAUUCCACCGAUGGGACCUGAAACCAAAGUGUAUGUGGUCUGGGUGGAACGUUAUGAUGAUAUAGAGAACUUCCCCCUCCCCGAUCUGGUGUCCGAGACCAGCACUGGUGUGGAAACUACAGCCAACAGUAGCACUUCCCUAAGAUCUGCUAUUCCCGAGAAGGAAGUUCCUGUGAUCUUCAUCCAUCCUUUAAACACUGGCCUGUUCAGGAUAAAACUACAAGGAGCAGUUGGGAAAUUCAAUAUGGUUAUCCCACUGGUGGAUGGAAUGAUCGUCAGUAGGAGAGCUCUUGGUUUUUUAGUGAGGCAGACAGUAAUAAAUAUUUGUCGCAGAAAAAGGCUGGAAAGUGAUUCGUACAACCCCCCACAUGUCCGCCGAAAACAGAAAAUCGCAGACAUUGUCAAUAAAUACCGGAACAGGCAGCUGGAGCCGGAAUUUUAUACCUCGCUUUUCCAGGAGGUUGGGCUCAAGAACUGCAACCCCUAGGUCAUUAUCCUUCCGGGACAAUUAGAUCAGAGCUUGGUGGCUACAGUCAUGAAAGCAGUUAACAACAACAAAUUUCCUCAGCCCUCUGGAAUUCAGGAAAUCAUAUUCUAGCACCAGUCAGCAGAUCCCAUGUGGGAGGAAGGAGAAACAAAUCCACAGUGUUGCAGUUGGGAUAUUGACUUCAUUCACCUACCCUCAAAAGAUUACUUAAUUCCAGUCUCCCUGGAUGAUAGCGACGUCAUCUCUUCACCCAA